AUGAUGUUGACUAAAACCACCCUUCUUGCCUUCUUUGCUCUGGCAUCUGCUCAUAGCAACCUUCAAACCCCAUUGUCCGGUCCCCAUCAAUCCUUAUGGUACAAUACUCUCCCAGGAGAUGGAGGAACACAGGCCGACUCUGUCUUCUCCGGUAUCUCAACGUUCGGUCGUCUUCCCUAUUUCCCAUGUCUCUCUAGCGAAGCUGAGAAAUACGACAUCGCCUUCAUAGGAGCCCCCUUCGACACCGGCACAUCCUACCGCCCCGGUGCUCGGUUCGGACCAAGCGGUAUCAGACAAGGUUCCCGUCGUCUCAAUCUCUACGGUGGCUACAAUGUCCCGCUCGAAGCGAACCCGUUUACCAGCGAUCUGAGGAUUCUUGAUUGCGGUGAUAUCCCUGUAACCUCAUAUGACAACGCCUGGGCCAUCCAGCAGAUCGAAGAAGGACACAAUAGCGUCCUCAUGCGCAAGCCCUUCACCGAUGCAGAUUCCUAUGGCCUAUCGAAGGCAGGCAAGACCCUGCCGAGAAUCAUCACCCUUGGAGGAGACCACACCAUCACUUUGCCCCUGCUGCGGAGUAUCAACAAGGCGUACGGGCCUGUGACUGUGAUUCAUUUCGAUUCUCACUUAGAUUCCUGGAAACCUAAAGUCUUCGGCGGCUCCCCGAGUAAAGUGGCAUCCAUCAACCACGGCACCUACUUCUACCACGCCGCGAUGGAGGGCCUGCUCAAGAACGACACGAACAUCCACGCGGGCAUCCGUACCACCCUUUCUGGUCCCUCUGACUACGGGAACGAUGGAUACUGCGGAUUCGAAAUAGUCGAAGCCAGAGAGAUCGACACUAUUGGAACCGACGGUAUCAUUAAGAAAAUUAGAGACAGAGUCGGCACCGAAAACCCGGUGUAUCUCUCUAUUGAUAUCGACACACUCGACCCGGCUUUCGCCCCUGCAACCGGAACCCCCGAGACCGGCGGCUGGUCUACGCGUGAACUUCGAACGAUUGUUCGUGGCUUGGACGGACUGAACCUCAUCGGCUCCGAUAUCGUAGAAGUUGCCCCUGCUUACGAUACCAAUGCUGAACUGUCUACUAUGGCCGCCGCCGACGUUCUAUACGAGAUCUUGACAAUCAUGGUGAAGAAGGGACCGUUGACUGUUCCGGAAAGGACGGAUCUGUAG